UUCCACUCCUCAAUCUGGUGCUACACUUUCAACCAGCUCAAUUCAUUUAUUACGCUUUAUUAUUAAAUUCACCGCACUCAUAACAGACUCACCUGCCUUUCUUUUCACCAUCUUACUUCAAUACACUGUCCUGCCCCAUGAUUGAUCCCAUAGGAGACCGGCCAGCCCACCCUCAGCCUCUCAACCGUCCACCAGUCAGCAAGCCAGCUAAAAGAAAGCGCAAGAAUAAGCCAGCAGACAAUGUUACUGUUACCACUCAGCCACCCAAAUCUAAGCGCAAAAAGCAAAAAGCAAGCACCACACCCGCUACCAAUUCUACUGAAGUGGAUAGUUCUCAUCAUCCAUCAACAACCAGACCCGCCACCAGUUCUACCGAAGCAAAUAGUCUUCAUCAUCCUUCAACAAUCAGACCCGCUACCAAUUUGCCCGAAGUGGAUGGCCAUCAUCAGCAAUCAGCAGCAAGCUUGAACCAAAACAUGGUAGACCACUUAGAGGCCGCUGCUGACGAACUCUCUCAAACCCAGCCUCUUCAGUCCAACCAAUCCGCUCCUGCCAACUUGCUUCCACGUGACAGAGCAAACACAUCCGACCUUCCUCCUCCGCUUGAUAUAUUCAACGAACCUGUUCCUCGCAAGCAAACUAAGAAACUUCGAACUCGAGCCGAAGAUGGCUUGGCAGAUUUGCCUGCCCCACGACCUUACGAGGAGCUCAUGAAGGAAUCGAUAGGCACUCUCAUAGCUGAAGCUCAGGAAAGAUCUAAAGGUGCUAUGUCGCAAGACGAUCACGAAUUCUUUGCAGAGUUCUAUCAAGAACAGCGCAAGACUUUGGCAAUCAAGGCCAUCGAGCGAGCAGUAUCUGUGUCAAUGGUUGACAAUUUUAUCGGCCGUCGGAUCCCACUCAGAGAGCUGACUGGGUGGAACAAAUACAUGAAAACCCCCGAAGCUCGUGAGGUGUUCCAAGGUGCUGGUAAAGGUGUAGGUCAAAGUGAUGCUAUGAGUCGCGUAUCUGCUCUGCGCAAGGCCGCACAGGCAAAAGGAUCUAAUGGGCAGACCGAUGCGGAUGGUACCUCUCAAAACGAGAGAGGGUCAAAUGAGCUGACUCCAGCUGAGCUUGCCCUCGAUAACGAUGAAGAAGCAAUUAGCGAAAACACCCGUCCAAACGAUAAGCAAGGAGGUGGGGUGGGCAAACGUGCCGCUGUCUCACUCAGCCUGGUGUCAGACCGUGUAGAGUCAUUCUUAGAAGAUUGGCUUGAAAAGGCUAAAACAAUGGCUAUCAGCGCCAACUGCGACAUGAUUAUGAUUGCUGUCUCCAACCACUUGGGGCCCCACUCAUUCCAGUUUGUCAAGAAAACUCACGGAGCAAUCCCCUUUGUCAAGCACUCUGACGACAUGGAUGGGAUGUACAACUAUGCCGCCCGAUUUCAAUCUUACAAUACCGGACACGGAGCGGAGUACAUUGCUGAGCUUGCUGAGGGCCUUGAGAAAGAUCCCUCCCGGCCAAUAACUGUGCCGGUUCGCAUGGCCCGACUGAUUGCCAAAAAAACACAGGGUAUUAUCAAAAAAUGGCCCUGGAAAGACAACACGAAGAGACUUAAAAAAAUGAAUUACCGUCUAGUCGUCCAUCCAGAUCUCAGAACUCCUAUCGAGUACAUUACUUCUCCCAGUCGAGGACUAUCUCCCGCUGAUAUCCGCCGUCUUCACCUUGACUUGGAUGACCACUUCAUCGAUGUUGUUGAAAUCGAUAAUCAGGAAAGCAGCAGUGCACGAUCCUUGCAAUCACGUGAUCAAGUCACUCCUCAAUCUAUGCCGAUCAACGACCAAGAAUCCACCAGAUCCUCUCGAAUUCCUGAUGAAGAUGCACCAGGCGAAACCGACCUGGACGACUAUGACGACUCCGGUGAUGAAAGCUGAGGGUCUAUACCUCUUUUUCUUCCCUAUUGAUCUGUUCUUGUCUAUUUCAAUCAAUUCAAUAUCUUGGGUGAUGUUGCUUGCCGUCCCUUCCAAAUCAUGAUCUGCACACGCGAUGUUUUUCCUUAUUAUGCCCGGCUUAUUAUAAAUACACACUGAUCCACUCGGCUUGUUCUGAAUUCAACCUGAUCUGUUCUCCUUGAUUUCUAUUCGCAAUAUACAGUCCCAUGCUUUUGCUUUCCGCUCUGAUGGAAUGCCAUCCAGGAGAUUCAG